GAUCAGGAACGUCUCUGCUCCCCAGUAUAACACCUUCCGUGAUACUAAAAAACAGCAGGAGCCUCAAACAGGGACAGUCAACAACAGGUGGAUGUUCCUGGCAGUAUUCACUGCUGUCUUGGGAAAUCUAAGCUUUGGUUAUGCAAUGGUCUACACUUCCCCUGUAGUCCCGGAACUGAAAGGUUCUCUAAAUCCUGAUCUUCGUCUGAAUAUCCAGUCAGCAUCGUGGUUUGUGUCUGUCUUCACCUUGGGGACCGUUUUGGGUGGCCUCAGCGCCAUGUUGUUCAACGACUUGUUGGGUCGCAAACUGACCAUCAUGGUGUCCACCGUGCCCUCGGCCGUCGGAUUUGCCUUAAUGGGCAGUGCCCAGGCCAUAUGGAUGCUUGACGUUGGUCGUGCACUGACUGGAUUCGCAGGGGGAAUGGCUGCCAGUUCCAUCCCAGUCUACAUUUCUGAGAUAUCAGUGGCCAAGCUGAGAGGAAGACUGGGGUCCACACCACAACUCAUGCUUGUCUGUGGAUCACUUCUGCUCUAUGCAUUGGACCUGGCCCUGUCAUGGCGCUGGUUGGCUGUUGUUGGGGCAGUUAUACCAGCAGUAUUAGUUAUUAUUCUGUGCUUCAUGCCAGAAUCCCCUCGCUAUUUGAUCUCCAAAGACCGUGAUCACGAAGCCAUUGAAGCACUUGUGUGGCUUCGUGGACCGGAUUCUGAUUACUUGCUUGAGUACAGGGAGAUUCAGGAAUCUCUGAACAAGAAUGUGAAUAAAAUGUCAUGCACCGACCUCCGUCAGGCCUUCAUCUACAAGCCCAUGCUGAUUACUCUCUUCAUGAGGGUGUUUCAACAGCUCAGUGGGAUCACAGUCAUACUGGUCAACAUGCAGCUCAUCUUUGACAGUACAUCAGUGAUUUUGAAAGGUUCCUAUGAUACAGUUCUGGUUGGAGCCGUUCGUUUGGUGUCCGUGUCGAUUGCAGCCUGGGUAAUGGACAAAGCUGGAAGACGGAAACUUCUCUUUGUGUCAGGUAUCAUUAUGUUUAUCUCUACAUUGACUCUUGGAGUCUACAUCAAGCUGGACGAGAUAAGAAGUAACACAACAAACAUGCAUAAUAGUUCCAAUGUGGAGAGUGGCCACUUAAUCACUGGGCAGCUAUUUCAACAUAAAAUAGAAAAAUGGCUAACCCUCAUACCUCUUAUCAGUCUCAUGGUUUACAUAUUUGGCUACGCCCUGGGCUGGGGACCAAUCACUUGGCUGUUGAUGUCGGAGAUCCUUCCAAUUAAAGUCCGUGGUUUGAUGUCAGGCCUGUGUGUCAUUGUCAGUUGGAUCACAGCAUUCAUCCUUACACAGUGGUUCCUGCCAGUGAAGAGGUCCUUUGGACUCGCUGUCCCCUUCUUGUUCUUUUGUGUGAUAUCUGUCCUGGGUAUAAUAUUUACCGCUGUCUGCAUUCCUGAAACUAAAGGGAAAACCUUGGAGCAAAUUGAAGAUGAGUUCCAGAACUUGCAGAUCCCCCAUGAUGAUGACAACAGUUGAUGUGGAAUAUGGACUUUGAAGAGCUGGAGGUUAAACACAUACAAUGAUAAGCUCCUUAUCUUCUAUUCGGCCCCUGUAAGGGCAAACUAAUCCGCAACUAAAAUAACUUUUAGACCUUUUCUUCAUCACCUGCUAUUGUGCAAAGGGUGGUUGGUGUAGGGGUAGUUCUUCCUUGUAUAUCUCUACACAUCACAUGCUCAGGACUGGUACAGUGCAGGUUAGAUGCAGAGCAAAACCCCUUCUACCUUGUCCCAUCAAACACUGCUACAACAGGUACUGCAUGGUUAAAUGAAAUGUAAAGCUUCCUCCGUGUUUAUUCCAUCAAAGACUUCCAAUGAAGGUAGUGUUGGGGUAUAUUCUGUUAAGAGUCCACAGCCUCUGGAGGUAAUAAGUGCGAUGAUUUGAAUAAGCAUUUCUCUAUGCUCCAUCAAUACGAAACAGAAGGUGGGUGAUUGAAUUCCCUCACCAUGAGUACUUAGACACCUCCAGUCCUGCUUCCAAAGAGCUAAAUGACAAUUUUAUAUGGCAUGUAAAUAUACUGAGUAAAUCUAUAUACACUGUAAA